GUGCUGCUGUCGCGCCUUCACCAACCGACCGACAGAGAAAAAGAAGAAGAGCGUUUGUUUUUACUGAAGUUGCGGGAUAUUUGGAAACGCGAAAUGUUUACUUCAGUUUUAGCACAUCGUGAAGUACACUGACUAGUGAACCAUGUAGUGAGUUUGUUAGUUUUUGUCAUGUUUGUGUUGUGCGCUGUCAGCCAGUAACGUUAAGGGAGCGGCUCACUGACGACAAACCCAUAAGACUUAUAUUUAGAGCAUCGACUGAAUCUUUAUGAAAUCAUUUAUUAAUGGAAUCGAGAGAAAUAUGAAGGACAUGUUCACGCUCAACAUAGUUGUAUUACUGAUGUGCGUUGUGUGUUUGUGUUGUUCAGGUGUGUUUGGUGAUGAAGUGAUGACAGUGAUGGAGGGACAUUCUGUUACUCUACACACUCAUCUCACUGAUAUGAAGAGAGUUAUCAGGAUAAUGUGGUGGGCUGGAGAAGAGGACUACAAUAAUUUUCUACUUACUAUAGCUGGUAAUAGGAUCUAUGAUGUUGAUGUUGAUGAUGUGAGAUUCAGAGGCAGACUGCUGGUGAAUAAUCAGACUGGAGAUCUGACCAUCAAGAACAUGAGAGUCAAACACUCUGGACUCUAUCAAGCAAGGAUCUUCAACUUUGACAGAGCUGGAACAACAUACAAGAACUUCAGCGUUACUGUCUAUGAAUCUCCUCGUGUUCUGGACACAUGUGAAGUGAAGUCAGUGUCAGUGAGUGAGGGAGAAUCUGUGACUCUACACACUGAUGUCCAAACACACAGAGAUGAUCUGAUACUGUGGAGGUUUGGAGAUGAAGGUCUUCUCAUAGCUAAAUAUGAUAAAGAAGACAAUAAGAUCUCAAUAUAUGAUGAUGAUGGAUUCAGAGGCAGACUGAAGCUGGAUGAUCAGACUGGAUCUCUCAACAUCAGUGAUGUCAGAUCAUCAGAUUCUGGACUUUAUAAACUGAAGAUCAAUAACAACAAACAGACAUUAUACAAGACCUUCAGUGUUUAUGUUGGCGGACCUCAGUGUUCAGAACCUGUAGUUACAUAUUGUGUGCUGCUGUUUCUUUUCCUCCUGGUACUGAUGGCUAUUUCUGUGUAUCAAUGUCGCCACAGCACCUCUGGUCUAAGACGGAUAAUAGCAUCGUGUAAAUCUACAGUUGAUAAAAGAGGAAUCUGUGUUGUUGUCUUUCACUGCGUGGUGACGGUGCUGCUGGUGCUGCUGGUGCUGCUGGUGCUGCUGCUGGUGCUUCUGCUGGUGCUGCUGGUGCUGCUGGUGCUGCUGCUGGUGCUGCUGGUGCUUCUGCUGGUGCUGCUGGUGCUUCUGCUGGUGCUGCUGGUGCUGUUGGGUGUUGUGACUUACUCUUACAUUAACAACCUUGAUCUAGAGCAAAUGGAUGAUAUGUCUGCAACAUCUUUAGCAGUUUUAUUUGGUGUUCUGCAGAUGCUGCAGAUUUUGACUUUGAUUUUGGUUUUCCAAAGGAUCUCUCUACAAAAACAGAGGGGAACAUGUCUUGGUGUCCUCUGUCUUCUGCUUCUGCUGCUUAAUGUUGUGUUUCACACAGUCUGUUUCAUGGAUCUAAAGCAAACGGAAGGUGUGUUUGGUGAUGAAGUGAAGAAGACAGUGAUGGAGGGACAUUCUGUUACUCUACACACUGAUCUCACUGAUAUGAAGAGAGUUAUAAAGGUAAUAUGGAGAGUUGAAGAAAAGGGCCCCAAUAAAAGUCUAGUUUCAAUAGCUGAUAAUAAGCCCUCAUAUAAUGAUACUGAGAUAUUCAGAGACAGACUGCAGGUGAAUAAUCAGACUGGAGAUCUGACCAUCAACAACAUGAGAGUCAAACACUCUGGACGAUAUCAAGCAGAGAUCAACUACAUCAACAGCGCUGGAACAACAUACAAGAACUUCAGCGUUACUGUCAAUGAAAUGUGUUUAUGUAUGUAAUAAAGAUGUCUUGUUUACUCUCACUUUAAA